AUGCAAAUUUUCAUUAAUUCCACCAUUCGUUGCCCGAAGGAUACUCGAUGUAUCGAUGUAAACCUGCCGGUGCUGUGCUCGGUAUCAUCGAUAGUGGGUACUGCAAGCGCACCGCGAGUGGUGCUCCGGCACCGGGAGAUACCGAGUUUACUAGAACCCAAGCCCACUUUGGCCACAUAAUAAGGUAUAUAAUAAUUAUUGUCAUACUGUUUGUAACAUUAUGCUAAC